AUGAAAUGUCAUCUGCUCAAACGUUAUUGCAGCCAGAGUAGACGAGUCAGUCCAAAGUUCACCAGCACCAAAGCAGAAUCUCGUCUCGCUUUCUCCUGUGCAGACUCCCAUUUAUCCAUCCCACCAUCUACGCCAUUCUCUCUCUCUGCGCAGCCCUCAACCCUCUCCCUCUCUCAGAACACCAGUGUACUCAACUCGACAGACCGACACUAUAUAUACGAACAACAGCCCAUACAUACCUCUCAGGCGGCAACAAGUCAUAGCCGUUUGAUUUAGUCUUCUUUGUGUUGUGUGUUGGUUGUGUCAGGGGGAGUGCAGUCGCCCGUCUUGGCGCAGCACUGGCCCGCAAACAUAGACCGCCAGAUGGGGCACCUGAUCUGUUCCAACAGCCAGUUGCCCGGCCCACACCUGCACACGGCCUGGAUCUCCGGAGUCUCAGAGCACUGCUUUGCGCAUCGAGUGGCCUGGAGUGUGGUGGUGCCGGUGGGGCACUCAGGCUCGACAGCCGGCACACAGAGCUUGGGCUUUUGCUGUUGAAGGAGACAAAUUAGAGCGACAAAUACGAUGAACCACGUACGAGACACACCAGGAAUGAACGCACCUCUCGGAUGCAGAAGCCAUAGUACUCCGUGGCCCGGCACACUGCGGCGCAUGUGGUGGAGCGGGCCUGGUACGUCACCAUGUCGCACCACAUGAGAGAGUUGCCGGGCCACGGAGGAUCGGGAACACACGUGUCCCUGACCAGAAUGAGGCACACCAAACAGUCGACAAGAGUCCAUCUUUGCAUUUGGUGUGCCCCACGUCAUCAUUGGUGUUUGUGUCAGGCGCGUCUGACCGGCAGUGGGUGUCAUCCGGUGCGCAGCUUGAGCAGCGUGGCUUGAGGCCACGGAGGGGCCCAUGAGAUUCCUCUGCAUGAAGCACCGUGCGGAACACCCACACGAGCCAGAAGGAUGUAUGAUGAUGGAUCAUCAUGCCACUGUGGCGUAUGUCUAUACCAGUGUGAGAUGAUGUGUUCCCUCCAGUCACUGCAGCGGCUGGAGGAGUGAUGAUCACCAGAAAAGCAGCAACAAGGAACGACAGGUGAGGCCUCGUCAUGGGGGAGGGAAGGGGGAUGGAUAGCGUCGGUGCGGG